CAAUAAUCAUAAACCUCUCUAGCUUCUUUAAUCAAAAGAAAUAAUCAAAGUUAAACACCUAAAAAUCGAUAAGAAAUGACGAAAAUCAUCUCUCUUUCAGUCGUAGUUAUCUUCUCCAUAAUGUUCUUCAUGAAGAUCAGGUCCGUUUCUGCAGGGUGGUUACGAGCUCAUGCGACCUUCUAUGGCGGAAGUGAUGCUUCUGGCACAAUGGGAGGAGCUUGUGGUUAUGGAAACCUAUACACGGACGGUUACAAGACGAACACCGCGGCGUUAAGCACGGCACUGUUCAACGACGGCAAGUCAUGCGGUGGAUGCUACCAGAUUGUGUGCGACGCAACCAAAGUGCCACAAUGGUGUCUUAGAGGAAGAUCAAUCACAAUCACAGCCACAAACUUUUGUCCACCAAACUUUGCUCAGGCGAGCGACAAUGGAGGAUGGUGCAACCCACCAAGACCUCACUUCGACAUGGCUCAGCCUGCCUUUCUCACCAUCGCUAAGUACAAAGCUGGAAUCGUCCCCAUCCUCUACAAAAGGGUUGGAUGCAGAAGAAGCGGAGGGAUGAGAUUCACGAUGAACGGUAGGAACUAUUUCGAGCUAGUCCUAAUCUCAAACGUUGGAGGAGCCGGUGAGAUCUCAAAAGUUUGGAUCAAAGGUUCUAAGAGCAACAAAUGGGAGACAAUGUCAAGAAACUGGGGAGCUAAUUUUCAGAGUAAUACUUAUCUUAAUGGUCAAUCUCUAUCUUUCAGAGUUCAACUCAGCAAUGGAAGAAUCAAAGCAGCUCUCAACGUUGUUCCUUCGAACUGGCGGUUUGGUCAGAGCUUCAAGAGCAACAUCAACUUCUGAUCCUAAUCAUAAUAAUGAUGAUGAUCCGGGUUUAUGGUUUUACUCCAUCUUCUUCUUUUUUUUGUAUCUUGUGUAUUUACUAUUCACUGGGUUUUUUUGUUCCCUUUGUUGCAUCAUCAUCGUCUGCGAUAAGCUUCUUGUUUUGGAGCUGUAUUAUAGUCUUGCUUCCAGAGAGUUUAUAAUCUGGGGAAGGCUCAAGCAGUGAUGAUUGUAAUUGUACAUUUAAGGAAGAUAAUGUUUACUAUAUAUUAAGGAUAAUCUCAA